UAACUUGUUUCUCCAGGCAAGCAGUCCAACAACAGGGACAGCUCCCAGGAGCCAGUCAAGGUUGUCUGUCUGUCCAUCCACUCAGGACAUCUGCAGGUAAGUGCUCAGCAAAUUAUCCUAUUUAAAUAUUUUUUAGACCAACGUUUUGUAUUCCUCUCCUGUAUUAUGAGACUGUGUGGCUCUUGCUUCUGCCUUGCAUUGUCCAUGGACAAUUUAUACUGGUUUAAUUUUUCCCCCUUCACUGCAUUUUCUUCAUUUGAACUUUAUUUCCCAACUUCUGGUCCAUGCUAUCAUUUUCAUCAUUCUCUCUCUCUGUUUUCCCAUGGCUUUCCUCUCCAUUCCCAUCUCCCAUCCUUUGCCUGCUGCUUUGUCUAGAUCUUCCAUCUUGCAUGACAUGUCAGAAGAUGCAUUUGAGCAAUGCACCCCUGUCAUGGUGCUCAGCCCUGCUAGGAAGGAGUCUGGUAAGAAAUCAGUAAAACAGAGGCCUAGGAGGAGGAGGAGGGCCUCCGAGAGAUAUGAGCAUGCAGAAGAACAAAUCAAAGGGAGAAGUGAUUUUCACCUCCAGAUCGCAAGCCCCAGAUGGAGUGAGCUUUACACAGAUUCUUCAGAUUCCUCUUCCCCAGAUGAGAGUCACUGGAUUCAGGCAAAAAGAAGAGCCCAAGUUAAAUUCCGACUGUCACGAAGAAGAAGGAGAAAUAGUAGUAAACCAUGUGGAAACUUGGAUGGGUCUUCUGCUCCUAAUGGAAUGGAUCUGAUAGAUUUGGAAUCCAAAGGUAAAAAGCAACAAGAGCUGAUUGAACAUGAGAGUUGCUCUUUACAUCUCUGCAGAGGAAAAGGCACAAGGUACCAAGAAUGCAGCCUUUCCCUGCCAAGAGGAUCCUUUGAGAUUAAGAGAUCCUCAAGGAAGCAUGAGGAAAGCAAAGGCAGAUACCACCGCAGGGAUCCGCAGCUGUUGCAUAGUCUUGGGCAGUAUGAAACCAUCAAGAAAGGACUUUCAGAAGCAGAUUCUAGCCCUGAAAUAUUGGCAGUUGCAGAAGGCAGCAAGUAUGUGGAUGCUGCUGGGUUCCAGGUGAAUAACUCUGUGCAGAAGCCUCCUGCCACCUACCAUGACGGGUCUGAUAAUUUAAAAAUAUGCAGGAUCUGUCACUGUGAAGGGGAUGAAGAGAGCCCCCUCAUCACACCCUGUCGUUGCACCGGCACCCUGCGCUUUGUCCACCAGUCCUGCCUCCACCAGUGGAUCAAGAGCUCAGACACGCGCUGCUGUGAGCUCUGCAAGUAUGAUUUCAUCAUGGAGACUAAGCUCAAACCCCUCCGGAAGUGGGAGAAACUACAGAUGACCACCAGCGAAAGGAGGAAAAUAUUCUGCUCUGUCACAUUCCACGUAAUCGCGAUCACCUGUGUGGUUUGGUCUUUGUAUGUAUUAAUAGAUCGGACAGCGGAAGAAAUCAAGCAAGGCAAUGAUAAUGAAGACACCAUAGAACUGAGGAGUCCAACAAGGUUGAGCAUGAAGACAAAUUACUAAGUCUCGAUAAAAGGAGGUAAAUACAUCUUGCCAAUGGAAACAUUCUUGGAAAUUCACUUAGCCCCAUGAUAUUAUCUCCUCUCACAAUGUCCUUUAGGUGAAUUUUCCAAGGUAAAAUCUUAUAACUGCUCAAUAAUAUCUUUAUAGAAAACAAAAAUCGUGCCCACUUAGUCAAAACCAAAGAGAAAGAUCAGGCUGUCUCUGAGAGAAGAUGUCACGUGGACAGUGGGUUUGUACCCAAAUGACUUCUGGAUGUAGGGUAGGGGGAUAUUGCACACUCUAAACUGUUGAUGGAUGUACUGGGAGCCCUGACUUCCCAAACCUACGAAGGAAAUGACUGGAGGAGACAAAAUCAAUUCAGAGAACAUUGUGAAAGAAAGUGGAGGAACCAGACUGUCUCCCAGAAUUAGAGAAAAUGGCCCAGAUUCCCAAGUAUAUUAUGGUUUCCAGCCAUUAUUUCAGGAAGGAGAGGUAGGACAAGAGUGGAUUCUUCAUAUUAUCCACCAAUGAAAGCAGGGCUUCAUGGACAAGUGAAGAAAGGCUGUCACCUCUGGUUAUAUUAAAAUGACUGAGGCAAAGCAAUCCAAGUUGGAAGUUCAAAAGCUUUCAUUCAUCCUUGAAAUAGCUACUGAGCAAGGCACUGUGGAAAAUUAAGACCAACCUGACAUAAAUUCUGUGCUUGUCAAGAUUAUGGUGUACCAAAGUAAAAAUAACUUGUUAGAAAGUUAACACAUGCCACAAGUGGAAGAAAUAACAUGAAACUGGAAGAAUGCGGGUUUAUUUCCAGCUGGAAAUUACUUCUUAGUUGGCUUUUGUGGAACAGUAGACAUGCAGAAGCACGGAAGGAAAACCGAGAGAAGAAAUAUCAUGGACAAAGCCUCAGAAAUCGAAAACCUCCAGACUCUUAGAACAGCUGGUAGUUUGAUUUAGCAAACAGAGGGGAAAGUUAGAUGUAACCCAUGGGGACUUCCCCCCAAAUGGGAGCUAAAGCACGUCUUCUCCAGCUUGUCUGUGGUUAAAACAUUCCAAACACAUAGAAACUACGGAUCAAUAUAGUAGCCAAGAGCAAAAAUCUUUCUAAAUUUGGAGAACUUCAAGAUGUCUGAUCUGCGUACUGAAUCUUCCCUGCAAUUAAGAAGCUUAAAUGAUUAUCUUCUACACGAAUUCUCAACCUCAGCACUACUGACAUUUUGGGCUAGAUAAUUCUUUGUUGGGGGGGGGGGUGCUAUCCUACACACUAUAGGAUGUUUAUGCAGCAUCUGUGGCCUCUAUUUACUAAAAGUCAGUAGCACCCCACCCCAACACCAGGUGUAAUAAACAGUAUCUGCAGACAUUCCCAAUGUCCCCUGGGAAACAAAACUUGCCCUUGUUGAGAACCACUGGUCUACCCUCGGUCUGUGUGUCAGAUUGUUCUCCUUGCAUAGGUAGAACUAAGGUAAGAGCUGAACAAGCCCUUGUGUCUGUUUUCUUACAGAAGCAUAAAGCAUAUGUCACUGUUACAAAAUAUAGGUAAGACUUCUUAUAACUUUAUCCAUUGGUAUAAGUAAAUAACCCAAAAUAGAAUCAGAAACUCUCAUAAACUAGGAUUUCUAACCAACUCUUCCUGGCCCAACAUACUAAAGCCUUUCACAUGAACGUAGAUGGCUAUUAUACCCUCCACACAUACUGAUGUUGGCAAGAGAUGGACUCCUGACUGUCAUGUAUUUAACAUUCAUAAUAUUGUUGUAGCUACAGAAACUCUUGUGAAAUAGUUUUAAAAAUUGUGAAAGACAAUUUGUAGUUAUGAUGGUGGAAAUUAAGAGAAAAUACUGAUAUGUAAGAAAGUGGUUCUCAGCGACAAAAAGACUUAUGAAACAAAAAUGACUAAAACACUAAAUUUUAUGCAUGCCUAUACUCAGGAAUUGUUUCUGGUGAGAUGUGACAGCUUCUUUCUUUCACAUUUAUUUAAUUUUAAAGGAAAUGAGGGUGGGGAGGGGGACCUGAAUGUACAAUCCUAUAAAGGUACCUAUUACUUUACCUUUAAAAGAUUUUAAGGUGGACCUUUAAGGUUUUAGGUAAGGUAAAAUCCUUUAAAAGAAUUUUAAACUGACUCUUUCACUUAGUAUGUUCACUAUAAGGAAUAAAUGUCAAAGUAAGUAUCUAAAGUCUAAUGUCGCAUACUUGAUGCUAUAAGGAGAAAUAAGACCAUUAUAGUGGUAGGUGAGCUCCUUCAUGUAGACUUUCAACAGUACCUUUAAAAGAGUUGAAAGCAAUUAAGCAAUUCUGGUUAGAAUUUUACUGCCUGUUAACAAUAUAUUUCUUAUCCACAAAAUUUAGUAGGCAGGCAUGGUCUUUUGAAGGAGUCAUAGAAAAAAAAAAUUACCAAGUCCAUUGAUAACAACUUGGUGAUAACAUUCUCUUUUUUAUUUCAAAGGUGUUCUUGAAUGGCCAUUUUGGACAAAACUGGUUGUGGUGGCCAUUGGCUUCACGGGAGGUCUUGUCUUCAUGUACGUACAGUGUAAAGUCUACGU